AUGGGAGCACGCUUAGCCCACAAGGUGAUGAGCACGCGCAACCUGCGAAUCGACAACGCCACAUACUGGUCGGAUUCAAAGACAGUACUGCAGUGGCUAACUAUGGACCCCCGUAACUUUCAUCAGUUCGUGAUGCACAGAGUCGCCGAAAUCCCGGAAACAACGCUAGUCGUGCAAUGGCGGUGGGUACCCUCGAAGCUGAACGUAGCAGACGGAGCUACAAAGAUCACCGACCAAACCCAGCAAAAGACGUGGAUAACGGGCCCUGGGUUCCUAAAAGCUGAAUCCAGCCAUUGGCCAACAACGACAAAGCAGGAGAGCUUCAUCGAUACUUCAGAAAUACGGAAGCAUGUGAUGACAACGCGUUCGAGAUCAGCGGUUACGUUCAAUGCGCACUAUUUCUCGAACUGGCGGCGGUUGUAUAGAGCAGUGGCGCUAAUACUCCUGUUCGUCGAUCGAUUACGAGCAAGACAUGCCAGCAGCCACGACGAUGGCCCAUGUGAGCAAGGCGAAGAUGUUACUUUUAUCGCCUUCGCCGAAGAGUUGAAAGCGCUAUCCGUGGGAGCGGCGGUGCACAGAGGAAACAGAUUGGUCGGAUUGAACGCAUAUCUAGACAACGAUGGAGUACUGCGGACUAGAAGCAGACUGAACUCAAUUGACAUAGCUGAAGACGCAAUUGUACUAGCUCCAGGAUGCCGGAUAACUAACCUAAUAGUGAGGAGCUUUCACGAGAAGUACCAUCAUCUCGCUUACGAGACGGCAAUAAACGACAUCAAGGCUUCGUUUUACAUCAGCCGCCUCCGAGUGUUAUACAAAUCCGUGCGCGUCGAUUAUUUUGGCCCGUUAUUGGUGAACGUCGGCAGGCGCAAGGAGAAGAGAUGGGUAGCUAUGUUCACCUGCCUUACGUUGCGCGCGGUGCAUUUUGAGAUCGCCCAUAGUCUUGACACAAGUUCAUGCAUCAUGUGCCUCUCCAAUUUUAUGGCGCUUCGAGGGUUACCGAAGGAAAUAUUCUCAGACAAUGGUACAAACUUCAAAACCACUGAAAAAGCCGUGCGAGAGGAGCUGAAAAAUAUCGAGCACGAUAAGAUCACCAUUAAGUUUGAUGGUAUAAAGUGGCGAUUCAAUCCACCAGGAGCACCACACAUGGGUGGAGCAUAG